AUGAUUUUUAUAAAUAUUAUACGAGCGGUAGUUUCAGCAACCUUUGGUGUGUUAGCCAUAGCAGGUAGUGGUGCCCUUUUAACCCAUAAUAAGGUCAUGAACAAAUAAUUCACAACAACUUUAUCCAGUCUAGUUGAAAGACUAUUUCUUCCAUCUUUGAUUUUUACAAAUUUUCUUAAAGCUGUUACUAUUGGUUCUCUAGUAUCAUUAAUACCUAGUAUAAUUACAACCUUUUGUUGCUUAUUUUUUGGUUAUUGCAUAGGAAUUGUAAGUAAUAGAUUUUGGAUUAAAGAAAAAAAACUAAACUCUAUUGUCAUUUUAUCAUCUGCAAAUCCACACACUACUAAUAUUUAAUUAUAACUUUCUUAUGGAUUAACAUCCUAUUUAUCUAAAAUGACAGAAUAACCAGAAAAAUAAAUUGAAGUCAAAUUAGUUACCAUAAUUAUUAUUUAAACUGUGAUUGUUAAUGCUUUAAGAUGGUCUAUAGGAAAAAGAAUAUUGGAAUAACAUGAAACUGAUUAGAAUCAAGCUGAGAUUGAACUCUCUGAUUUAAGAAUAGCUUUACCAGAGUAAUAAUCAUAAAACAAAAAUGAAUAAAAAUCAGAAAAGUCAUUUUGGAAUAUGCCUUUAAUAUCAGUAUUAGCAUCAUUAUGUUGUUUAGUAAUUUAUCCAAUUUAAGAUGAAUUAGUAAAUGAUACCUUUUUGCAUAGUGCUAUAUUCUUACCUUUAUAAACAAUCUCAAAAGCAACAACUCCAUCUGUUUUAAUGAUUCUUGGAUCAAACCUAUAUUUAAUUUAUUUUAAUAAUUCAUCCUAAUAAGAAAAAAUAUCUACAAUCAUUUAAAUAGUGGCAAAUAGAUUAAUAUUUUUACCUUUCCUUGGAUUAAUUACUAUUUUAUUAUUAGAUAAAUUAUCAAUAAUGACUGAUGUUUGUCAACUAUUUAUUUUAUUUAUAACCUUUUGUACUCCAUCUGCUAUUAAUAUUUUAGUUAUGGCUAAACAAUACUAAUAAAAUGCUGAAGAUGUUGUAUCAUUGAUCUUAUUAUAUGGAUAUUUAGGAUGUAUAUUUACUUUGCCAAUUUGGAUGACAAUUUAUCUAGCAAUCUUCUAAAAUACCUGA